CCCUAUAUAUCGGCUAUAGUUGGGUGACAGCUUUGUGGACUCAGUGUGUGCGCAAUAGUAAUUUUGCCCAUCUUGUGCUAUCAGUUAAUUUUUCAUUUCCAGAUGUACCGGACAAAAGCCGUAGACUCCGGCACUGAGACCGACAGCUCAGAUAAUGAAGGGGAUAAUUGGAAGAGAUCUUCGAAUCGUUAUCCGCCUAAUAUUGAAGAUUUACCGUCUUCGAUAUCGGCUGAACACGUACGAUGGAGGUCUAAAAGCGACACUGGGGCGGCUCUUAAGCGAGGGGCGCGAAGAGCAAAUCACAUAUGGGGCAACGUUAUUCAGGAACAGGCUCUUAUGGAAAACAUGGGAUCGGGCUUUACCGUAGAGGGCUUACCAGAUGAAAGGGAAAACCGCGGAGUGGAAAGUUACGACUUUACGAGAGCCCGCUUAGACCAGCGACCUCAAGUGGAGCCAAUUCGUAUCGAAGGCAUUCCCAAAGAGCUAGAAAAGAUCAGGCAAGAAGAAAGCGCUCGGGCCCAUCGAGUGCGCAAACGUCUUGGCAUCCCAGGAGCCAUCAAAGAGAUUUCACCUGCAUCCUCUACUGAUGAGGUUGUGCAGGCCCUCUGCAAAAGACUGGACGAACCAAAGAUCGGCCUGAUCGAACGGGUUGUGAAUAUCAUCGGUAGUAAAAAAUCGUUGGAACUGCUAUAUGCCACUGAGAAUAUCGAGGCAAAUGGUGGCCUUAUGGUCAAUAACGGAACAAGACGGCGAACUGCUGGCGGGGUGUUUCUACAUUUAGUUAGAUCCGAUGGGCAAAUUACUAGCGAUGAGAUCAAUAAUAUAUUCGCUCCAGAUCGCGAAGAGUAUAAAGAGGUUCAAAGGAAGCGCAAACGAAGUGAGGUUGAAAAGAAAGCAUAUAGAACAAUUCGUCGCCUUGAGGAGUCCAUUCUGGGCGAAGCUCAGAGUUCUUCUUCGGUAUCGACUGAUGAUGAUGACGACAACCAGUAUGGUAGGCCGAAACGAGUUAGGCCAAUAACUAUGGACGAGGAUUGCAUAGCUGAAGGGACACCGCAAAAAAAUGACAGCGAUAAUAAAGGCGAUCCGACGAGCGAUUUGGAAGAAGGUGAAAUAGAUGACGAUUGACAGAUUUAGCUAUGGUAAACGGUACAGAUGAAGGAAAAACCGCAGUUUAGUUUAGGCUUGUGAAUCAAAUGGAAGAAGAGGCUAAAAAUGACGGCAUUACAUAGACUUGGUUCUGGUUUGGUAUAAGUGACUGCGCGACCAACUCGCGUGUAUUCGUUGUACCUAAACUAUAACAAAGAUUCUCCUUAAUGUUGAUAACGGGUCAAACAUGUCGAAGGGAAACGGACAAAAAUGAAGUAUACGAGCUGAAUCAUGUCUUCAUACCUUGGCAGAAACUAACAUAAUAGAGUAUUCUAUAGUUAAUAAAUCAUAGGCGACUGAGGAAUAGUGUGUUCUGUGUUAUCAAAAAUUUAUUGGCUAUCUUGCUCUAUUAUUUGAAAUUGAAACAAAACGUUACAUAGGUUAAUAGCAUGAGUGUACAUAGAUACAUGUUUAAUUAUAGGCUUAAUAUGUACAAAAAUAAAUACUGCAUUCAAUUACAAUGAUAAUUCAAUCUAGGUUUUACUUUUAGGGAGACGGUUAUUUAAUCGUUCGUGUUCCGUUGAGAAAUCCGGUAACUAAUAAGCCGCUGAGAGUUAGUGGAUAUAUAGUCUUUCUACUUCAAGGAUCCCUUUUACAGAACCGGCCGUGGGAAGUUAAUAUUUUAUAGCUAAAGGUUUUGUUUAUUAGUUUUGGCUUGGAAAUGUAUACCGCUAUUAUGAUAAUAAUUAAGCGUAUUGUAUGCCAUGCAUGAUUUUAUAAUGGCCAACUAUGGCUUGAUUGAUAAGCGUGCAGAAUCGACAACAAAGUGAACUUUUAGAGGAAAGUAAAAUAAGUCUGCGAAACAGUUUGAGGAAAGCAAAAUAAAUUUACAGUGAAUUUUGUGCGAUGUCCUGUAGAAAAUGUUACAUGAUUACUGAGACCGUCAUAAACGUAAUAGAACUUCGACACGAGGAGAACGCCUACAUUUCAACGCUAAGUGGUAUCUCUAAAGAACAGAUUUGCAAAAUUAAGUUCUCACAAGUUCCUCAACAGGAUUCCUUUCUGUUACAUUCUAAGCUUGAAGGCAUCCUUGUUUUACGAUGUUGAAUGGUCUCAACCCGAAGACAUCGUAUAAAUGAUCUUGUGUGUGGCGAUUCUGAUCCAAAUAUGCAUUUACUUUGUACGGUUUUUGAUACAUUAUUUCUAGAAUGGCCUUAACGUUAAAGUGGAAUGAGUCAGGCGCAGCUUUUUAAAAGUUCCCAUUAUAAGAGACAUCUACCCUAUCUUUAGCGGUUAUACUGUUAUUAGAAGGAGAUUCUAUCCUCGCAACGAAUUGUACAAAUUCACAUUACUUUCUCUGACUACUAACAAUAACUAUUUAAAACUCUUUACAGCAAACGAAGACAUAAUAGUUUUUUUUUGACACAAGCUGUGCUCCGAAUCGUGUCUUAGUGUAUGACUAUUCCGUUUGUAAAUUGAACCCCAAAUGUUUAUCGAGAUUAAACAAAUUUAAUCGUUGAAUUGACUAGGGUUAAGCUAAACAAAAAAAUAAACAAUUUACUACAAAUCGUAUUUUGUUAGUUUGAAUAAAACGUUUAUUUCUAAAAUUCGAUAACUUUACUUGAUUUAGUUCCAAGUUUGCAAGACAGCCGUUCCUAAAAGUCGUUUUGAUUACACCACAGUACUAGUGGGUUUUAAUAAAUAGAUUUUCAGCAUUAAGCACCGCGAUAUUGGAAGAGCAUAGACAGUAGGAAAGAUUUCUUUCAUUUGCAUAAAAGGUAUCACGGUAUAAAUGUACAUUAUAAAGGUAUAAAGGAGAUAGACUAACUAGAAAGUUCGCAUUUUUAUCUUUACUGAAAAGCACCGGCGGCGAACUGUAGUGCACGCAUCGUGUGUAGGUGGUUAAUCUGUAACUUGGAAGUCAUAUCAGUAAAG